AGGCCGCCUCGCGCGUGCGCAGCUCCCAGGAGGUGGUGGCGACUAGGGCAGUCCAGCUGCCCUGGUCGCGGGUUGCCGGUCGGGCCCCGCCCUCCCGCGCCGGCGCUGGCGGACGCUGUGCCCGGCCAGUCGGCUGUCUCUGCGGCGCUCCGCCCGCCGCCGGCCUGCCGCUGCUUUGGCCUGGAGGGCUCCCGCCUACGCAGGCUCGUGACGCGGGGGCUGGGACGGGGCUCCGGGGACAGAGCGGCCGCUGCUGCUGUGUGAGCGUCUUCUGCGUCUUCGGUCCUUUUGGAAUAAAUCAUGGGAUUGAACUUCAUUCAGAUGUGGUGGAGUAUGCCAAGGAAAAACUGGAGAGCUUCAUCAAAAAUAGUGAUAGCUUUGAUAAAUUUGAAUUCUGUGAACCCGCAUUUGUGGUGGGUAAUUGCCUUCAGAUAGCUUCUGACAGUCAUCAGUAUGAUCGAAUUUACUGUGGUGCUGGAGUCCAGAAAGACCACGAAAACUACAUGAAGAUCUUACUCAAAGUUGGGGGCAUAUUGGUCAUGCCUAUAGAGGAUCAGUUGACACAGAUUAUGCGGACUGGACAAAACACUUGGGAAAGUAAAAAUAUCCUUGCGGUUUCCUUCGCACCACUAGUACAGCCUAGUAAGAAUGAUAACGGCACACCGGACUCUGUGGGGCUCCCACCCGUGUGCUGUCAGGAAUCUCAAGACUUGGCUCAGAUUUACAUUCGACGUACACUUAGAAACUUCAUAAAUGAUGAGAUGCAAGCCAAGGGCAUUCCACAGAGGGCUCCACCCAAGAGGAAAAGGAAGAGAGUUAAACAGAGAAUCAACACCUAUGUAUUUGUGGGCAAUCAGCUUAUCCCUCAGCCUCUAGACAGUGAAGAGGAUGAAAUGGAAGAAGACAGCAAGGAAGAAGAGGAGAAAGAUCACAGUGAAGCCAUGAAGCGAGGAGCCCCUCAGAACCUACUGAGGGAAAAGAUAAUGAAGCUACCACUCCUGAGUCUCCUAAAGGCUUACUUGACAUAUUUUAGAGACAAGUAA